AGCAACAGGACCUGCCAGAGAAUAACUUCAAAGCUGCCAGUAAUGCGGCAACUCUAGACAGUGUGCUUUCACAUAGCAAACAGCAAUGCCAAACAGAAAAGAAGAAGCAAAACUCAGAAAGACCACAUAAACCCCAAACAACACAGGAGAAUGGAGAAGAGCCCCUAGAUACUGAUGACUCUGAUGAGUGGAUUGAGGGUUUCAGUCCUGGAGGAGAGAAGCCACACUACUGCUCCGACUGCAGUAAGAGCUUUAGAAAAGUGAGGGAUCUUAUAAGACACCAGCGAUCACAUACUGGAGAGAAGCCUCACCACUGCCCUGCUUGCGACAGAAGUUUUGCUCAAUUAGAUAAGCUUAAAUUACACCAAAAAAAUGCAUAUGAAAGAGAAACAUGUCACACGGACGGAAGAAACUAAACUGAAGAUAGACCGUGUACACACACAGCAAAGUACCGCCAGCAGAGCCAGGCAGAAGAGUAAAAUGCGAGCGGGAAAAAUAGGCCAAUCACAGCCAGGAAAAGAAUUGUCUUGCAAAAGUUCAAUAAGAAAGAAUCAACACUCAGAAAAACUGCAACAACCCCAAACAACGCAGGAGAAUGAAGAGGAUUUUGAAGAUACUCCUGAUGACUGGACCGAGAGUUUCAGUACUGUAGAGAAGCCAUACAUCUGCUCCGACUGCGGUAAGAGCUUCAAACAAGAGAAUCGUCUUAUAAGACAUCAGCGAACACAUACAGGAGAGAAGCCUUACGACUGCCCUGACUGUGAAAAAAGGUUUGCUCGAUUAGAUAAUCUUAAAAUACACCAAAAAACACAUAUGAAGGAGGAAUGUAAUUUCCGCUGCUCUGACUGUUUGAAAAGCUUUGUCCGAUUGAAGCAGCUUGAUAAACAUCAGCUAACACACAAACAUUUUGAAAGACACAAAACACAUUUGAACAAAAMAAAACAAUUUCUCUGCACAAUUUGCGGGAAGGAGUGUCGCAACAUGAAAAUACACAUGCGAAUACACACUGGAGAGACACCGUAUCACUGCACUGAGUGUGGGAAGAGUUUUCCAUAUACAAAAUCAUACCAAAGACAUAUACUAACACAUAAUACCUCUGGAGAAAGAGCAACCUAUCCUUGUUUGGAAUGUGGAAAGUAUUUUACUCGCAGAGAUGGCAUGUUGAGACACGUGAGGAGGAUUCAUACUGGAGAGAGAAAUCAUCAGUGCAGAGACUGUGGAAAGCGAUUCUUUCGAAAAGAGACACUGAAGAGACACAUGCUAGUUCACACUGGAGAGAAGCCAUACCAAUGCUCUAUCUGUGGUCAACCCUUCUCCCAAGAUGGAGACAGAAAACGCCACGAGAAGAGGCACUACUCUGGUGUCUCAGAUUUCCUCGAUCUAUAAUGCAGAAGUGGUGGAGGUACAGUAGCCUAGCGGUUAAGAUCAUUGGGCCAGUAACCGAAAGGUUGCUGGUUCAAAUCCCCAAACUUACUAGGUGAAGAAUUUGUCAGUGCCCUUGAGUAAUGCACUUAGUCCUAAUUGCUCCUGUAAGUCACCUUGAAUAAGAGUGUCUGCUAAAUGACUAAAAUGUCAUGUAAAAUGUGUUUGGCAUUGCAGGAAGUGGGAACCUACCUAAUCACUGUGAUUUGAUCAUCUAUUAAUAUGUUAACUACAAUGUUGGUGGCCUGGAAUUGCCACCACAGACUGUUGAAGAGACUCACAGACAGACUGUUGCUGAUACAAGACUGAGUAUUACUGUCUUCAUAGCAGUAUUUAUUAUUUUCAAAAGUUGGUUUUAAAUCAAGGGUAGGAACCGGUUCAGGGAACCGGACUUAAAAUAUGGAAAAUUACCAUAUUAUUUGAGGAACACUAACCCGAAAACGAAAGUGAUCUAUACUGUUCCGGAACAGAACAAUUAUUUUAAAAGCAUGGGAACCAGUUAAUAUCAUUAUUUAACGUUUUCCAGUCCCACAAAAAUUGCAAACAACGCGCAUAUGCAAAGCCCUCACUCUGUCACUCAGAAACUUA